AUGUCUUGCCCCCAGGAACUUCUGCAGAUGACUGUCUAUCCCAUUCAUGAAGAUUUCCAAGCAAUAAAGCAACUCAGCCAAGAAGAGCUCAGUGCAUCCUGUCCUUUUGCACAAGACUUGCUUGUGGGGAAACUUGUCUUCAACCAGUCUGACCGCACUGAGUUUGUGUUCCGUGUGUUCACUACAGCCACUGAAUUCCAGGUUCUUCUCUUCCUUCUCUUCCUCCUCCUCUACUUGAUGAUCCUCUGUGGCAACACAGCCAUCAUCUGGGUGGUGUGCACACGCAGCACCCUCCGCACCCCGAUGUAUUUCUUCCUGUCCAACCUAUCUUUCCUGGAAAUCUGCUACACCACCGUGGUAGUACCCUUGAUGCUUUCCAACAUUUUUGGGGCCCAGAGGACCAUUUCGUUGGCUGGAUGUGGGGCCCAAAUGUUCUUCUUUGUCACCCUCGGCAGCACGGACUGUUUUCUCUUGGCGAUCAUGGCCUAUGACCGCUAUGUGGCCAUCUGCCACCCGCUGCACUACACCUUCCUCAUGACCCGCAAGCUGUGCGCGCAGAUGCUGGUCGGGGCCCUAGGUCUGGCCCUCUUCCUCUCCCUGCAACUCACCGCCUUAAUCUUCACCCUGCCCUUCUGCGGCCACCGCCAGGAAAUCAACCACUUCCUCUGCGAUGUGCCUCCCGUCCUGCGCCUGGCCUGCGCUGACAUCCACGUGCACCAGGCUGUCCUCUAUGUAGUGAGCAUCCUCGUGCUGACCAUCCCCUUCCUGCUCAUCUGCGUCUCCUACGUGUUCAUCACCUGCGCCAUCCUGCGCAUACGUUCUGUCGAGGGCCGCCGCCGGGCCUUCUCCACCUGCUCCUCCCACCUCACCGUGGUCCUGCUGCAGUAUGGCUGCUGCAGCCUCGUGUACCUGCGUCCUCGGUCCAGCACCUCAGAGGAUGAGGACCGCCAAAUCGCAUUGGUCUACACCUUUGUCACCCCCUUACUCAACCCUUUGAUUUACACCCUUAGGAACAAGGAUGUCAAAGAUGCUCUGAGGAAUGCCAUUAUCCAUAAAGCAGCCUCUGACGCCAACUGAAGGUUUAGGGGCACUGGGCUGGGUGUCU